AUGCUUAAUCCUGGAGAAUUGUCGGGAGUGUCGAGUGGAAGCUCAUCAGAGUUUCAUGUCUCAACUCCUGAAGCAUUCAAUUUUUCAAAUCCAGCUUCUUGGUCUCAGUGGAGAAAGCGGUUUGAAAGAUAUGCAAAAGUAAGUGGUUUGUCAACAAAGUCUGAUUCAGAGAAGAUAGAUGCUCUUCUGUACAUAAUGGGCGAGAAGAGUGAAGAAAUCCUCUUACAAAUGCAGAAGCUCCCUACAGUAUAUGAUGACAUGAUACAAGCUCUGGAAAGCCAUUUCAUACCACGAAGAAACAUCAUAUUCGAAAGAUUUCAAUUUAACUCUAGGGUCCAAUUACCAGGGGAAAACAUUGGUAGUUUUAUAGCAGCAGUGCAUACUCUGGCAGCUAAUUGUAACUUCGGUGUACUUAAAGAAGAGUUUAUAAGAGAUAGGAUUGUCGUUAACAUGCUUGACAAGAAGAUUAGUGAAAAAAUGCAAUUCGAGGCCAAACUUAUAUUAUCAGAUGCAAUAUUAUAUGCACGCCAAGCUGAACUGCAGUCCCAGCAAAACAGUGUACUACAACAACAACAGUCAUCACUUAAUGUUAUAGCUAAACAAGAAAACACUCCAAAAAGCUUCAAUACGAGUAAACGUCCCCAGCAUCCAGAGGUAAAGUGUAAAUACUGUGGUUUGGCACAGUAUAAACAAGAAAUCUGUCCUGCUCGAAGAUCUACAUGUAGAGGGUGUGGAAGAUUUGGUCACUGGGAUAGAGUAUGA